AUGGCAUCGAAGCAUUCGCAUGAUCAUGAUCAUGAUCACGACCACGAUCACGACCACGACCACGACCAUGGACACGGGCAUUCGCAUUCACAUGGACAUUCGCAUGGGUUAUUUAGUCAUCACCAUCAUCAUAGUCCUGCCGAUAAUGUGUUCCUUACCAGCAAAAACAAGGCUGAUGCCGGCGUUCGGAUUACGAGGAUAGGUCUAUUCGUCAACGUCAUAAUGGCCAUCUCCAAGGGAUUCGGAGGCUGGUACUUCCACUCCCAAGCACUGAUAGCAGACGCAAUGCACGCCCUCACAGAUCUCGUCUCAGACUUCAUGACAUUAGCAACAGUCAGCUGGGCGCUCAAACCGCCCACCAAAAUGUUCCCCAAUGGGUUCGGAAAAGUCGAGAGUUUGGGGAGUUUGGGUGUUAGUAGUUUAUUACUGUUCGGAGGGUUGGCUAUGGGGUUGAAUAGCGUGGAGGUGCUGUAUACGCAGCUUACGGGGGAGAGUUUACCGACCUUUUUGCAAGGGUUGGGACAUAGUCAUAGUCAUAUUGGGAUUGAUCAUGGGCAUGAUCAUGGACAUCAUCAUCACGGACACGACCAUGGGCAUGAUCAUGGAGCUGGACAUGGGCAUUCGCAUGUGGAGAUUGGACCGAAUAUUAAUGCGGCUUGGUUGGCUGGUGGGAGUAUUUUGGUCAAAGAAUGGCUGUAUCGUGCUACCAUGAAAAUCGCCAAAGAACGAAAAUCGUCAGUUCUAGCAUCAAACGCCGUUCACCACCGUAUCGAUUCAUUAACAGCAAUGGUCGCCUUAAUCUCCAUUUCCCUAAGCAACAUCCUCCAGGGAGCAAGUUGGCUCGACCCCGUCGGCGGAUUAUUAGUCUCCCUCAUGGUCAUCCGAGCCGGUUGGUCGAAUUCCCGUGCCGCAUUAUUCGAACUGGCAGAUAUGGGUAUCGAUGACGAAAUGUGUUACGAAAUCAAAAAAGUUGCGGAAAAUACGUUAAAAGCGGAAAGACUUGCUGGUGUUAAACCUGGUGUUGCUGGGAAGGUGAAGUCAGUAGGGGGUAUUAAGAGUGGGCAGAAUUUCUUGGUGGAUAUUACGGUUGCUUUGGAGGAGGCGACGGUUACGUUGGAGGAUAUGGCGAGGAUUGAGGGGAUGUUGAGGGAACAGGUUGGGGAAGGGGUUAGAGGGGUUAGGAAGGUUAGGGUUAAGUUUAUUGAGGAAGGGAAGGAGGAGGUUAGUGAGUUUGUAGAGAGGGGGGAGGAGGAUUUGGAGAGUGAGAGUGGGAGUGAAGCGGGGCAUUCGCAUGAGAAUGGUGGGGAGUGUAAGCAUGGGGAGAAGAAGAAGGAGAAGUAG